AUGAACGGAGAGGGAAACAGACGUGUGGCUCUUGGUCGUCGUCUACCUCAGGAGGCCAACGUUGUGAGACAAACGCCGGCGCCGUUUGACCCAUCCCGAAGAAUACUUUGCUCUUCUUAUCCUUCAAUCGGUCAGACAGGGAGGGGGAAGAUCCGACUGCCCGACGGCCCGAACGGGCAUCAACAUGGGGGGAAUUCAAGCCAGACGGGAGGUGUUGUUCCUCGCCGCCCUCUUCCCUACCCUCAUCGCCCUCUCCAUGGCCAGAGUCACGUUGGUUCCCGGUGGCCGCUUGGAAGACGGCAGUUCCCUAAUCUCCUCCGAUGGGAGCUUCAAGCUGGGAUUCUUCGCGCCAGGGAAGUCGAAGUUCAGGUACCUUGGUAUCUGGUACAGCCAGAUCUCUGACCAGACGGUGGUCUGGGUGGCCAACCGUGACAGCCCCCUACAGGAUAAUACGGGCGUCCUCUCCAUCCCCACCAACGGCAGCCUCUUUCUCUCCGACUCAAAGGGAAUAAUCUACUGGUCGACGCCGAUGACGAGACUUGCUGGGCCAGUUGCGAAGCUUCUGGACAACGCCAACUUCGUCGUGGCCGGCGCUGGCGAAGGUGGAUACGCCUGGCAGAGCUUUGACCACCCCACGGACUCCCUCCUCCCCGGUAUGAAGUUGUGGACCGACCCCCGGACCGGGUUUGCCAGAAACGCCGCUUCAUGGAAGUCCGACGACGACCCUGGCACUGGGGACUACACAUCCUUCUUGGACACUAAUGGGGAUCCGCAGAUCUUCUUACUCAAGGGCACAAAGCUGGUCUGGAGGUCGGGGCCCUGGAUAGGAGAAGGAUUCAGCGGCAUCCCGGAGAUGUGGAUCAACGUCGAGUUCAACUCCUCCUUCGUCUCAAACGCCGACGAAGCCUACUACCUGUUCAGCAGGCGGUCUAAGUCCGUCCUGUCAAGGCUGGUGGUGCAGCCCAAAGGUGUGACAGAACACCGGGUUUGGAUAGAGAGCAAAGGCGAUUGGAAUGUUUUCUGGUCCGGUCCCGGGGACCGCUGCGACGAAUUUGGCUACUGCGGGAGCUUCGGCGUAUGCGACGCUAAUGAGACUCCACUCGCCGGAUACCUGGAAUCUCAGGGAUGGCAAGGACGGUUGCAGGCGUAGGAAGGCAGUGGACUGCCAAAUGGCACCGAUGGAUUAGUCUUGGUGACUAACACGAAGCUUCCCGAUACCUCGGUGGUGGUGGUGAAGAAGAAUAUGGGGACAGGGAGUGUAGGGAGGCAUGCUUGAGGAAUUGCUCCUGCACGGCCUACGCCAUUGCGGAUAUUAUUGACGACGGUGCCAUUGAGAGCCGCUGCAUACAGUGGAGUGGCACCUUCACAGACCUCCGGGUCUACACCGAUGGCGAGCAGAGCCUGUACGUCCGUCUUGCACGUGCCGAUCUCGGUACGACUAGAGAAAACUACAAUCAUCAGCGGGGUGAAACGAUGGUCCCUGCGUGCUGUUAUUUAAUUAAUGUCAAUUGAGCUUCGAGGUAAAGAGGUUCUCUAUGUCUUGCAGAUUUGUCACCGAGUAAGCGGAAGAGAAGAUGGAUAUUGACCGUGGUGUUGGCUGCGGCGGUGGUCCUCUUAGGGAUGCUCCUGGUUGGGUUAGUCGCCAGGUUUGUCAGGGAGAGGCGGAAAAGUAGUAAUACAGGUUAGAACCCUUUUCUCAGCUCUCUCUCUCUCUCCCCUGCCCUCUCGUGAUAUGGAUAAAUAAUCAUAGUCCCGUCCAAUUCUACAGUGGUGCUCGGAAACUUCCCUAUAGUGAAGAGUAACGCCUGGAAGGAGAAGAUGGGCAGGUCGAGGGAGCUGGAUCUCCCCUUGUUCGAACUUGCAGCCAUCGCCGGGGCCACCAACCAAUUUUCCAACGACAAUCUGCUCGGCGAGGGCGGCUUCGGUCCCGUUUACAAGGUCAACCAACUCGCCUCUUCGACUGACUAAUCCCUCGUUGAACUUGAAGUUUCAAUCUUUCUAACUUUCUAAUUCUGGGCCGGCAGGGGAGGCUGGAAGGAAAGCAGGAGGUGGCGGUGAAGAGACUGGCGAAGAGCUCCUCGCAGGGCGUGGAACAAUUCUUGAACGAGGUGAGGUUUUUCAUAUUUUCGUGA